CAGCGCCGGCUCGGCCGCGCGCCGCUGGCUGGGGGCUUCGCGUGGAGGCGGCGAUCCACCCGGCCCCUGGCAUCAGGCGGCGGCGGGGACCCCCCGCGCCCGCAGAGCCGCUGGGAGACGCCGGCCCGCCUGGUCCCCAGGAAGAGCCUUGUCCCACGGGUGGAUGGCUAAAAAAGCAUUAAUACUCCAGAAGAGGAUUCAAGAUCAACACUGAAAGCUCCAAAAUGUCAAAAGAAAUGCAAAAACUACAGAAACAAUGGCACUCCAUGAUGCAAACCAUCCACACCAACUCCAAUGUUGUUUCUUUUAUGAACUCUCGAGUUGGCCAGUAUUUAGAUGAUCAUCCUUUUGUCGCCCUGUCACUGUUGGUGUUUAUUGCAAUAUCUGCUAUUCCUGUUGCAUUCUUUCUGAUAUUUGUGAUUUCAACCACCAUAGUGGCCUGUCUGGGGGUUAUCGUCAUUGAAGGUGUUGUCAUAUCAGUAAGUGGCAUAGCCCUUCUUUGUGUGCUGAGUGGCCUGGGCCUCCUUUCAUUGGCAGUUUCUGGAGUCCUGAGUAUUUGCUACAUAGCUCUUUCAACUCUAAUCAACUACUGGCAUACUCCAAACAGCCUGAUAAAGAAGCAAGAAGGUAAUGGAAACAGUGUGCUACAGAGUAGUCCUCCUGUCUUGGACCCUUCUAACAAGAACACGAAGAGCGAAUGAACAGGACUUUCCCGGCUUCCUGUCUUCCUUGAUAUGCACUUACUUGUACUGUUCUGAAUUGUAACUUUGUGUUUACCUGUCAAAUACUCAAGCUUUGUGCGUUGUUUACGGAAAUUGAGACUCAAUAUGCCUCUUUGGUUGUUGCUGUAAAAAUGCAUAGGAACAGUAUCUUAACCUGUAGUCAAUUCAGUGUCAUACUAAGUGUACAGGGCAUGGUGAGAAAUCUUCCAAAUACACUACUGCGUCCAAUCCUGUUGCUAGAAAAGUAAUAAUUUCCAAUAAAAUUGGGGCAGUUUUGUGCAUUUGUGUGUUUGAGAUUAUAACUUGGUGUUAGAAUUCUAAUCUUAGAUGGGGAAUGAAAGUGGAACAACCUGACUGCUGCAGUUGGAUGUUUUUGCACUUGGGAAAUGGCAAAGCACAGCAACACAAGGUAACACCUGUUUGAAUACUGGAAAAAUAUUUUUAAGCCUUAACAGUGGUUAACAAAAUAUCUGUGUGGUAAAGAACUAAGCCUGAACCAUGUUAAAUAUAUAUGUUGUUGGAAAAACAAGGUAAAGGAAAUUUUACUAUGUAUAAUAUUUAAUAGCCUAAACCAGUGGUCCCCAAACUGUGGGGCGGACCCCCUAAGGGGGUGGGGAGGAACGUUCGGCGGGGGCGCGACAGGCCUGGGCCAGCCCCCAUUGGGGGCAGGGAGGGAGCACCACCUAGCUCCGCUCCUGGCCCCAACCACAGCCCCAGCACUGGCUUCACUCCUGAUGACGGUGCCCAGCCCGAGCUCUGGCCCCGCUCCCGGCCCCAGCUCCCCACUGCGGCUCCCAGGGUGGGUGGAUGGGGUUUGUGGAUCAGAUAAGGGGGGGGUGAGCAAAAAAGCUUAGGGACCACUUGUCUAAACUCUUGCAUGUUCUGAUACCUUCCUCAUUCUCCUUCCAUCCCACAAGAGGUGCGGGUUAGGGGCUUAGUGUUUUGCCUUAUGUGUUUGAGUGUUUUUGAAAGUCUAUUUUGCUUACCAAUUUCCAUUCUUUGAAUAUGUAACUUCUGUGAACUUUUUCUGGCAGAGGGCAAAUACUAACUAUCUUACUAUCUUUGCUUAAGUAGUAACCUCAUGUAUCUCAAAGAUAUUUAGUUUAAUAAAGUGCUAUUUGUUUA